ACUGAUAACCUAGGAGGCAGAGAUCACACCCAAAGAGUAUAAAAGACGAGCUUCGGAAGAGAGAGGAUAGGACAAGGAAGAGAGAGACCCGAAGAGACAUCUCAGAAGGAGCAGCCUGAACUUCCCAUAUUCCCAACGAGCUCAGCGCCAUGGACACUAAAGGUUCAUUCUCCUGUGGCUUCCUCUUGCUGCUUCUCAUCCAGUUCCAGUCCAGCAGAGCCAACCCUAUCUACAACCUUAGCCCUGCCAAAGAACUGGCCAGCAUGGAGGCUCUUCUGGAGAAACUGGAGGAUAAAUUUGCACUGAUUGAAGCCCUGGAGUCCAAUCCUGACCUGCAAGAGCCCAAAACCCAAGAGGAGAUCCCACCAGAAUUUGUAGAUGACAGCGAUGAUCAGAAGGCUGAAUCCAGACCAGAACCCAGCACCCCUCUGUCCUACAGGGACCCCUUCCUCAAGAGACUGAGGGGGCUGCAGAUGCCCAGGAUGAUGAGAGAUUCUGGCUGCUUCGGGAGGAGAAUUGACAGAAUUGGCUCCCUGAGUGGAAUGGGUUGCAACGGUUCCAGGAAGAAUUAGGAAGACCUCCCUACCCUGUGCUAUGAAGAAUGCUUUACAGUACCCGUUCCUCCCAAGAUGAAAGCCAGAAGCUUUCUAAACUCUUCAAUAGAAAGUUAUUCCUAUUUUUAUUUAUUUAUUUAUUUAUUUAUUUGAUGUUUUUUAAAGAACAUUUCUUACUCUAGCACCAAGAGACCAUCUUUAAAUAAAACUAACACGUUAGAUGUCUAUGCUGGACUUCUCUCCUGUCUGUUACAUUAAACCUUCAUGUAUUUUCCUAAAGUCAAAA